AUGGCAUUGGGCAUCACUGGAAAGAACUAUUUAUUGUGGGCACUAGAUGGUGAAAUUCACUUGGAUGCAAGGGGACUUGGUGAGACCAUUAAGGAAGGAAAUAAAGCAACAACUCAAGAUAAGGGGAAAGGCAUGAUAUUCCUUCACCUUCAUGAAGGUCUUAAGAUUGAAUACUUGAUUGUUAAAUACCCUCAAAUCCUUUGGAUCAAUCUAAAGGAAAGAAUCACUUCACAGUUGAAUUUAUGUGGAGAGAAAAUUACUGAUGCAAAAACGAUAGAAAAAACAUACUCCACUUUCCACGCAAAUAAUAUUGUCUUGCAUACACAAUAUCAUGAAAAGGGAUUCAAGAAACAUUCUGAAUUAAUUUCUUGUCUCCUAAUGGCUGAGCAAAACAACGAGCUACAAAUGAAAAAUCACGAAUUACGCCUAACUGGUUCUGCUCCAUUCCCUGAAGCGAAUGUGAAAACUAAAAAUGGGCAAGAAUUGAAAGAAACAAACCAUGCCAAUGGCAGUGGUAAAGGACGUGGUCGUGGUCGUGGUUAUAGUCGUAGACGUGGAUAUAGAUAUGGCCAAGGUGGUUAUUUUAGAAACUCAUAUUGGGAUCGUAAAGAUGAAAGCAAGCAUGAGAAAGAAAAGGAAAACAAUGUGACCAAUAAAUGCUAUCGUUGUAGAGGAAAAGGUCAUUGGUCACGUCUAUGUCGUACUCAAAAGCACCUAGUUGAUCUUUAUCAGUAG